UAACCAACUACAGUAAUGUGGUGAAGACCCCUGGCUCAGACUCAGAUGAUGAGGACAAGCUGCACAUCGUGGAGGAGGACGGGAGUAUGGCAGACGGGGCCGACUGUGACAGUAACGUACCCAGUGAAGAUCACAACGGAGACCACUGGGAUGAAGGUUAGUCGAUGCAGGUCACACGCACACAAAUACACACACACAGACACACACACACACACACACAAAGAUCUCUCUCUCACUCUCUCUCCCACUCCGUGUCUGUUUCUCUGUGUUCAACAUUUGGUGACUGUCUGCUGUUCUAAAACAAAUCUACGAAUACUUAUUCUUCCUUGCACUGAACUCAGUAAAGGUGGCGUCAGUUAAGAAUACACUGUAACAGAAAACUAUAAUUUAUACUGUAAUUUUGCGUAUUAUCAACAGUAAAAAACUCUGAAAUGUUUAACUGCAGCAUACUGUAAAUGAUGGGGCAUUGUGGGAAAAUUGCUGUAUUUAGAAUGGUACUGUAAUUCCAACCCCAGCCUUGGAAUAGGUUAUGUUAAUUGAAAACAGUGCCGUACCGUAUCUUUGGAGUGCCAAAAACCUUUUGAGCACUAGUGGGUGCAUGGUAUUGUUGUUUCUGGCUCAUUAACAUAUUUUGAGGUGUGCCUUGUAAGAGGCUAUAUUUGUUGCACCCGUGAGUGAGAAUGCUGUACCAUUUUAACUCCUAGUGCCCCAUCAAUUUAAAAAGUAUAGGGGACAGAUUAGAGUGGCAGCAAGUCUUAAAGCUGCAAUAUGUAACUUUUUAGGCUACCUGACCAAUUAACAUAAAAAUGUGAGUUAUAGAUCUGUCAUUCGCAUUUUACUAGACGCUCUUAUCCAGAGCGACUUACAGUUAGUGAGUGCAUACAUUUUCAUACUGGCCCCCCAUGGGAAUCGAACCCACAACCCUGGCGUUGCAAGCGCCAUGCUCUACCAACUGAGCUACACGGGGCCACAGCAAGUCUAAGAAGCGGUAGAUUUGUUCUAUGUGCGCUAUUUCUACGCUUCCCGUUCUUAAGUUUUGUUUUUGCGUCUUUUACUUUCAGUUUUGUGCACCAGCUUUAAAUAGCUGAAAAUAUAAUAUUUCUGGUUAUUGAAAAUAUAUUUCACAGCGGUUUAGAUGGUACAAUGAUUCUCUACACAAUUAGGCAAACUAUUACAAUUUUAGCAACUAAGAAAUGGAAGAGCGAUUUCUGCAUAUUGUACCUUUAAAUGGUUGAGCAUUUUGCCAUGUCCUUUUGGUCUGUUUUGUCCUGUAGUCGCUGCCAGUUUGGAAGCCUUUGUUAAGGCCUCUAUAAGUGCAAGUGAUAUAAAACACCAAAUAUUCAUUAAUAUGCUGUAAUGUGUAAACACUUUAUCAAGCAGCCAACCUGCUUGCGCCAAUCGCUUGUAAUUACAGUAAAAUACUGUGAAAUACAAACCCCUCUCCUCACUCAUUCAUUCAUUCAUAUUUAAAUUCCAAUUACAGUAGCAUUUACUUCUUUACAAUAUAAUACAGUCAAUUUUUACGGUAAUGUAAAAUGCUUUGAUACCGUAUUUCCAUUUCUUUUCAUCUUUGUAGUGACUGGGUGUAUUGAUAACACCAUCCAAAGUGUCAUUAAAACCUCUAAAAGUCUUAAGGUAUCAACCAAAAUAUAUUUUAAAAAAAUUUGAUAAAAUAUUGAAUUUGGCCUUUACUACUAUAGAUCAUAAAAACGCAUUAAAAACAUAUUCAUAAAUGACCAAAAAAUACAAAAUCAAAUAAAUCAAAAGGAAUAAGGUUUUGAGAUAUAAGAAAGCUCAGGAAGAAUUUUUGGCUUUUUGGACACAUAUUUAACCCCUUAUUUUUGUUUGCACAAAACUAUGUCCAUAUUUCCAUGGGUUACCUUCAGACGAGUCCCAUGACACUUAUGGGGGUCGUAGAGCAAAACGGAGAACAUGUUCGUGACUUUCCACAGAGUGGUCAUAAUAGUUUUUAGGCCAAACCGUUCGGACACUACAGACGUUUUCGUGAGAAGACACAUUUUCGGGAUGUCUCAUUGUCACGCCCUGGCUCUGGGGACUCUGAAAUGUUGAGCCAGAGUGUGUAGUUUCUGUGUUAUAUUUUCUAUGCUGAUGUACUAGAUCGUUUAGAUCUAUGUUGGCCAGGGUGGUUCCCAAUCAGAGGCAGCUGUAUCUCGUUGUCUCUGAUUGGGGACCAUACUUAGGCAGCCUGUUUGGCACUAGUCGGUGUGGGAUCUUGUUCCGUAAAGGUUUGUUUUGUGUAACCUAGGACUUCACGUAUCGUUUGUUUGUUGUUUGUGUCAUCGGCAGUGUGCGGGUUGUUAGUUUUCUCCGUUGUUUGGAGACUUUUAUUAAAGUACGGUUUCCAGUAGCUCUGUGUCCUGCGUGUGACUUCGCCUACCGCAUUUCACUGUCGCCGUUCUGACACUCAUGGUCUGACAAACACCACUGUAGCUCGCCCACCUUCCACCGCAGAUGUGGAAGGCCGACAUACAGUGGGGAAAAAAAGUAUUUAGUCAAUUGUAUUUAGUCAAUUGUGCAAGUUCUCCCACUUAAAAAGAUGAGAGGCCUGUAAUUUUCAUCAUAGGUACACGUCAACUAUGACAGACAAAUUGAGAUUUUUUUUCUCCAGAAAAUCACAUUGUAGGAUUUUUAAUGAAUUUAUUUGCAAAUUAUGGUGGAAAAUAAGUAUUUGGUCACCUACAAACAAGCAAGAUUUCUGGCUCUCACAGACCUGUAACUUCUUAUUUAAGAGGCUCCUCUGUCCUCCACUCGUUACCUGUAUUAAUGGCACCUGUUUGAACUUGUUAUCAGUAUAAAAGACACCUGUCCACAACCUCAAACAGUCACACUCCAAACUCCACUAUGGCCAAGACCAAAGAGCUGUCAAAGGACACCAGAAACAAAAUUGUAGACCUGCACCAGGCUGGGAAGACUGAAUCUACAAUAGGUAAGCAGCUUGGUUUGAAGAAAUCAACUGUGGGAGCAAUUAUUAGGAAAUGGAAGACAUACAAGACCACUGAUAAUCUAACUCGAUCUGGGGCUCCAAGCAAGAUCUCACCCGUGGGGUCAAAAUGAUCAUAAGAACGGUGAGCAAAAAUCCCAGAACCACACGGGGGGACCUAGUGAAUGACCUGCAGAGAACUGGGACCAAAGUAACAAAGCCUACCAUCAGUAACACACUACGCCGCCAGGGACUCAAAUCCUGCAGUGCCAGACGUGUCCCCCUGCUUAAGCCAGUACAUGUCCAGGCCCAUCUGAAGUUUGCUAGAGUGCAUUUGGAUGAUCCAGAAGAGGAUUGGGAGAAUGUCAUAUGGUCAGAUGAAACCAAAACAGAACAUUUUGGUAAAAACUCAACUCGUCGUGUUUGGAGGACAAAGAAUGCUGAGUUGCAUCCAAAGAACACCAUACCUACUGUGAAGCAUGGGGGUAGAAACAUCAUGCUUUGGGGCUGUUUUACACGGACCAGGACGACUGAUCUGUGUAAAGGAAAGAAUGAAUGGGGCCAUGUAUCGUGAGAUUUUGAGUGAAAACCUCCUUCCAUCAGCAAGGGCAUUGAAGAUGAAACGUGGCUGGGUCUUUCAGCAUGACAAUGAUCCCAAACACACCGCCCGGGCAACGAAGGAGUGGCUUCGUAAGAAGCAUUUCAAGGUCCUGGAGUGGCCUAGCCAGUCUCCAGAUCUCAACCCUAUAGAAAAUAUUUGGAGGGAGUUGAAAGUCCAUGUUGCCCAGCGACAGCCCCAAAACAUCACUGCUCUAGAGGAGAUCUGCAUGGAGGAAUGGGCCAAAAUACCAGCAACAGUGUGUGAAAACCUUGUGAAGACUUACAGAAAACGUUUGACCUGUGUCAUUGCCAACAAAGGGUAUAUAACAAAGUAUUGAGAAACUUUUGUUAUUGACCAAAUACUUAUUUUCCACCAUAAUUUGCAAAUAAAUUCAUUAAAAAUCCUACAAUGGGAUUUUCUGGAUUAUUUUUCUCAUUUUGUCUGUCAUAGUUGACGUGUACCUAUGAUGAAAAUUACAGGCCUCUCUCAUCUUUUUAAGUGGGAGAACUUGCACAAUUGUUGGCUGACUAAAUACUUUUUUCCCCCCACUGUAGGUGGUUUUAAGCUGAUUUCUCUAGCUUAAACUGAGGGAUUUUGAUGGGGAUUUUUUUAUUAUAUUACUUAGAUUGAUCCACGGGUGCGUCAAUAGACUCUUAAGGAUUUUAAUAACUUCACCGUGCUCAAAGGGAUAUGUAUGUGUGGAGUACAGGAGAGGAGAUAGUCAUUCAAAAAUCAGGUUAAACACUAUUAUUGCACAUUUUUACUCCUGAACUUAUUUAGGCUUGCCAUAACAAUUGAAUACUUAUUUUCUCAAGAUAUUUCAGCUUUACAUUUUCUAUUAAUUUGUACACAUUUUUGAAAACAUAAUUCUACUUUGACAUUAUGGGGUGUUGUGUGUAUGUAUACCAGUGACAUAAAAUCUAAAUUUAAUCCAUUUUAAAUUCAGGCUAUAAUGCAACAAAAUGUGGAAAGAGUCAAGGGGUGUGAAUACUUUCUGAAAGCACUGUAUAUUACAGUAGGUGUACUGUAAUAUGAAAUACAGAAUUUUCCUCUCCACCGAGCUCCCUCUUUCUCUGUCAAAUUCAGGUCAACCCAUUUACAGUGUACCUAAUACCGUGACUGUGUGUGACUGUGAGACAGUGAAAGGAAAUGGGUACUACAGGCUGCAGGGUUAACACUAAGACAGGAAGCCUGGUAUUUAAGCAGGACAAUGCCACCAGGGCAGAGACCUUCAACUUUCUAAAAUAGACCAGUGACAAAAGGCCACGUUGAGAGCUGUAUGUUGCUAGUGGGCAUUGGAGGGCUUUACCACUCUGUGACUGAACAGAGCUUUACCUUACACACAUACACACACGCACAAUCCUACAUACAGACACACACACCUACACACACUCCACUACACUUGAAAGUGACAUCACCGUGGGAAGGGUCUGAUGUCAGGUCCCAGAGCACAACAAUGUGAGGUGUUAAAGGAUGUUAACAUUUCAACAGCCGCCCCAAGGCCAUCUUGCAGGGAGCAUUAGCUCAUGGUGUGUGUGUGUGUAUGAUUCUAGGGCCUGUGCCAAGUGUGUAGUGUAUAUGUAAUGUAACAGGUUUAUUUAAUGGUAUUUAGUUUGGAUUGUUGCUUAUAUGACACUGGUUCAGUUGGCUCAGUGUGUUAGCCAGUGGAUGACGUGGGAGGGACUGAUGUUGUGACAGAGUUGUGUUUAGAUGACUAUGUAAACAUACUUAUAGAGCAGUGUGUUCUUCAUGGUCCUCUGUAGCUCAGCUGGUAGAGCACGGCGCUUGUAACGCUAAGGUAGUGGGUUCGAUCCCCGGGACCACCCAUACACAAAAAAAAAAUGUAUGCACGCAUGACUGUAAGUCGCUUUGGAUAAAAGCGUCUGCUAAAUGGCAUAUUAUUAUUAUAUAUUAUUCUUCGUAGGUUGACGUUUAUUGUCAUGAGUCUUGCCCUGGAGGCAGAACUCAGCUGUUUUUCCGCUAGAUGGGCCAGCUGCAAAGUAAAAAUUGGCUAUAUCAUAAAAAUUCAUGAAAACAAACAUGUGCUUUUUGGUCUUCAUUUAGGGUUAGGCAUUAUGGUUAACAGUGUGGUUAAGGUUAGGGUUAAGGUUAGGGUGAGGUUUAAAAUCAGAUUGUAUUACUUUGUGGCUGUGCCAGUUAGUGACCACUCUGCAGAGCUGCCUCCAGUACAUGAGUCGUGUCAAUAAAUGGCAACCUGCGCGUUAUUUUUUGUUUAACCUUUAUUUAACUAGGCAAGUCAGUUAAGAACAAAUUAUUAUUUACAAUGACGGCCUACAUUUCAUUUGGUUGGAAAGAUGAGUUUGGUCAUCAGUUUAGCUUUCAAUACAAAACAGAUUUGUGUAUUAUUUUAUGUGGACUGCCUGUGAUGCAGACAGUUUGACAGGCUCAACAGCUCUCUCAGACCUGACUGACCUACUCCCCAGACAGAUCCGUCUGUCACUCUCAUCGACAACAUAUAAUCUCAUCUGCACGCUCCCAUUAGUUGGUUGGCAGUUUGGACAGUACUUCAAAAGCAGAGGUAUAUUAAGCUGAGCUAAGGCCUAGAGAGUGGCUGUCUGGCAGACGUUCGCUCCCCAUACGAACUCUCCACCUCUAGGAGACGAGAGAAGAAGGAAGUAACAGAAAGGAGACAAGAUAGGAGAAAGAAGAGAAAGGAGAACGAGAGACGAGAAUACUCGAGCAGAGUUUCCAAGAGCGAGCAGAGAGCAGAUAGUAGGGAGCAGAGAAGCGAGAGGAGAGAUCGCGGAGAGAAGAGACGAGAGUAAGAGAGCAAGAGCUCGAGGAGACGAUGCUGAGUUAGAGAGAGAGAGGUCGUCUAUCGCAGCCUAUUCCUUCUCUCGAUCAUCUCUCUCUCUCUCUUCUCUCUAUCCCCCCUCUCUCUCCCCCUCUCUCUCCCCCUCUCUCUCUCCCCCUCUCUUCUCCCCCCUCUCCCCUCUCCCUCUCGCUUAUCAAAAUUGGAUUUGUGUAAUCUGAAGGAAAUAUUUGUCUCUAAUAUAGCCAUACAUUUGGCAGGAGGUUAGGAAGUGCAGCUCAGUUUCAACCUCAUUUUGUGGGCAGCGUGCACAUAGCCUGUCUUCUCUUGAGAGCCUCUCUCAAUAGCAAGGCUAUGCUCACUGAGUCUGUAGAUAGUCAAAGCUUUUCUUAAUUUUGGUUCAAUCACAGUGGUCAGGUAUUCUGCCACUGUGUACUCUCUGUUUAGGGCCAAAUAGCAAUCUAGUUUGCUCUGUUUUUUUGUAGAUUAUUUUUGUAAGUAAUUAUAUUUUUGUUUUCUCAUGAUUUGGUUGGGUCUAAUUGUGUUGCUGUCCUGGGGCUCUGUGGGGUCUGUUUGUGUUUGUUAACAGAGCCCGGGUACCAGCUUGCUUAGGGGACUCAUCUCCAUCUUAAUCCCUCUGUAGGUGAUGGCUUUGUUAUGGAAGGUUUGGGAAUCGCUUCCUUUUAGUUGGUUGUAGAAUUGAACGUCUCUUUUCUGGAUUUUGAUCAUUAGCGGGUAUCGGCCUAAUUCUGCUCUGCAUGCAUCAUUUGGUGUUUUACGUUGUACACAGAGGAACUUUUGCAGAAUUCUGCAUGCAGAGUCUCAAUUUAGUGUUUGUCCCAGUUUGUAAAUGAUUGGUUGGUCAGUGGACCCCAGACCACACAAACAUAAAGGGCAAUGGGAUCUAUAACUGAUUCAAGUAUUUUUUGCCAGAUCCUAAUUGGUAUGUUGAAUUUUAUGUUCCUUUUGAUGGCGUAGAAGGCCCUUCUUGCCUUGUCUCUCAGAUCGUUCACAGCUUUGUGGAAGUUACAUGUGGCGUUGAUGUUUAGGCCAAGGUAUAGUUUUUUGUGUGCUCUAGGGCAACGGUGUCUAGAUGGAAUUCGUAUUUGUGGUCCUGGCAACUGGACCUUUUUUGGAACACCAUAAUUUUUCUCUUACUGAGAUUUACUGCCUGGGCCCAGGUCUGACAGAAUCUGUUCAGAAGAUCUAGGUGCUGCUGUAGGCCCACCUUGGUUUGGGACAGAAGCACCAGAUCAUCAGCAAACAGUAGGCAGUUGACUUCAGAUUCUAGUACGGUGAGGCCGGGUGCUGCAGACUGUUCUAGUGCCCUCGCCAAUUCGUUGAUAUAAAGUGGGGAAAAAAAGUAUUUAGUCAGCCUACAAUUGUGCAAGUUCUCCCACUUAAAAAGAUGAGAGAGGCCUGUAAUUUUCAUCAUAGGUACACGUCAACUAUGACAGACAAAAUGAGAAAAAGAAAAUCCAGAAAAUCACAUUAUAGGAUUUUUUAUGAAUUAUUUGCAAAUUAUGGUGGAAAAUAAAUAUUUGGUCAAUAACAAAAGUUUCUCAAUACUUUGUUAUAUACCCUUUGUUGGCAAUGACACAGGUCAAACAUUUUCUGUAAGUCUUCACAAGGUUUUCACACACUGUUGCUGGUAUUUUGGCCCAUUCCUCCAUGCAGAUCUCCUCUAGAGCAGUGAUGUUUUGGGGCUGUCGCUGGGCAACACGGACUUUCAACUCCCUCCAAACAUUUUCUAUGGGGUUGAGAUCUGGAGACUGGCUAGGCCACUCCAGGACCUUGAAAUGCUUCUUACGAAGCCACUCCUUCGUUGCCCGGGCGGUGUGUUUGGGAUCAUUGUCAUGCUGAAAGACCCAGCCACGUUUCAUCUUCAAUGCCCUUGCUGAUGGAAGGAGGUUUUCACUCAAAAUCUCACUAUACAUGGCCCCAUUCAUUCUUUCCUUUACACGGAUCAGUCGUCCUGGUCCCUUUGCAGAAAAACAGCCCCAAAGCAUGAUGUUUCUACCCCCAUGCUUCACAGUAGGUAUGGUGUUCUUUGGAUGCAACUCAGCAUUCUUUGUCCUCCAAACACGACGAGUUGAGUUUUUACCAAAAAGUUCUAUUUUGGUUUCAUCUGACCAUAUGACAUUCUCCCAAUCCUCUUCUGGAUCAUCCAAAUGCACUCUAGCAAACUUCAGACUGGCCUGGACAUGUACUGGCUUAAGCAGGGGGACACGUCUGGCACUGCAGGAUUUGAGUCCCUGGCGGCGUAGUGUGUUACUGAUGGUAGGCUUUGUUACUUUGGUCCCAGCUCUCUGCAGGUCAUUCACUAGGUCCCCCGUGUGGUUCUGGGAUUUUUGCUCACCGUUCUUGUGAUCAUUUUGACCCCACGGGGUGAGAUCUUGCGUGGAGCCCCAGAUCGAGGGAGAUUAUCAGUGGUCUUGUAUGUCUUCCAUUUCCUAAUAAUUGCUCCCACAGUUGAUUUCUUCAAACCAAGCUGCAUACCUAUUGCAGAUUCAGUCUUCCCAGCCUGGUGCAGGUCUACAAUUUUGUUUCUGGUGUCCUUUGACAGCUCUUUGGUCUUGGCCAUAGUGGAGUUUGGAGUGUGACUGUUUGAGGUUGUGGACAGGUGUCUUUUAUACUGAUAACAAGUUCAAACAGGUGCCAUUAAUACAGGUAACGAGUGGAGGACAGAGGAGCCUCUUAAAGAAGAAGUUACAGGUCUGUGAGAGCCAGAAAUCUUGCUUGUUUGUAGGUGACCAAAUACUUAUUUUCCACCAUAAUUUGCAAAUAAAUUCAUAAAAAAUCCUACAAUGUGAUUUUCUGGAGUUUUUUUCCUCAAUUUGUCUGUCAUAGUUGACGUGUACCUAUGAUGAAAAUUACAGGCCUCUCUCAUCUUUUUAAGUGGGAGAACUUGCACAAUUGGUGGCUGACUAAAUACUUUUUCAACUGUAUAUGUUGAAGAGGGUGGGGCUCAAACUGCAUCCCUGUCUCACACCACGGCCACGUAUGUUUUUCCCCCAACACCGCUUUCCAUUAAUUUGUGUAGACCCUCAUGCCAAAUUGAGUCAAACGCUUUUUGUUUUGGUUUUAGGGUCAAUUAGGGUGUGCAGGGUGAAUGCGCGGUAUGUCGUACUGUAAUUUGGUAAAAAGCCAAUUUGACAUUUGCUCAGUACACAUUGUUUUCACUGAGGAAAUGUACGAGUCUGCUGUUAAUGAUAAUCUCUCUCUCUCACCCCCCUAAUUCUCUCUCUCUCUUUCUCUCACCCCCCCCUAAUUCUCUCUCUCUCUCUCUCUCUCUCUCUUUCUCACACACCAGCUCUAAGGGACUAAACUGAUUAAACAUAAUGCAAGUCUCAGCCCUCUUCCUUUAAAACAGUUUUCUGGACUGUAGGUCGUCGUAACCAUUGAAAGCUGCAGCCACCCACUAAUCUUUCCGUCACUCUGGCUGUCUGAGGUUCAAAUUAAAGCCUUGACGCCAGUUCUCUGACUAAGUGAGGAGAAACAUACUGUAGGGGUGGUUUUCACUUUGCUGCGCUCCCUCACUCUCUCCUUCUGUUUUCCCCCUCUCUACCUGAAUAAUUCUUCCUGAUUAUAUGGGAUCACCGGCCCCUUGCUCGCUGUCAUUACUCAUUUAGUUCUAAAUUAAUAUCCACUGUAGAACCGCCACAGCCCUGCGAGUAAAACACUGUCUUACCCACCUCAGUGAACAGCCUGGAUGAUUAUUGUUACUGAGGACUGAGGAGGGGGAAGGAGGUAUUGACUGACUAGCCAUGUGGAAAUAUACAGGGUUCUUUCCACUCUGUACGAUUACUGUGUUAUUAGGCAUGGCAUGUAUCUACUAUGGCAUGGUAUCUAUAACUAUAAAAUAAGCCCCAGAGUUUUUCCUGCUCACGUCGCAUGGUCGAUACACAGUAUGGUGAUUUAGUUUUAGUAAGUUCCUUCUUUCUGGUCACUGCCAUUCACCUAAUAGCUCUUCUACAAUGUCUCAUGCGUUUCCCCUGAAGAUGAGUCUCAAUAAUACAUUAGAAUGGGCCUUGACUCAGUAGGAGUCAUAAUACUUUCAAGUUGACCCUCAGUCAUCAAGUUAAGACACAUUGGAAGAACAGGAAAGGAAAGGGAAACCGACGGACAGAUAGAGUGCUGGGAAAGUUGUGUGGUGGAUCCACUGUGACUGACUCUGUGAUAAUACUGAAGUCAAGUAAAUCAUCCCAAGCAUAGAUAUAUACACUGAGUGUACAAAACAUUAGGGACACCUGACCAGGGGAAUCCAGGUGAAAGCUGUGAUCCCUUAUUGAUGUCACCUUUUAAAUCCACUUCAAUCAGUGUAGAUUAAGUGGAGGAGACAGGUUAUAGAAGGAUUUUUAAGCCUCGAGACAAUUGAGACAUGGAUUGUGUAUGUGUGCCAUUCAGAGGGUGAAUGGGCAAGACAAAAUAUUUAAGUGUCUUUGAACGGGGUAUGGUAGUAGGUGCCAGUGUGUCAAGAACUGCAACGCUGCUGGGUUUUUCACGCUCAACAGUUUCCCGUGUGUAUUAAGAAUGGUCCAUCACCCAAAGGACAUCCAGCCAACUUGACACAACUGUGGGAAUCAUUAGAUUCAACAUGGGCCAGCAUCCCUGUGGAAUGAUUUCAACAACUUGUAGUCCAUGCCCUGACGAAUUGAGGCUGUUCUGAGGGCAAAAGGAGGUGCAACUCAAUAAUAGGUGUUCUUAAUGUUUUUUACACUCAGUGUAUAGCAUAGAUAGGAUAUACCUCACAUUCAUCCCAGGUUCCCCCAGACUGGCUUGCAUCCUGUUGUUUCAAGAUUAUUUUAAUGGGAUGGGUCUAUGUGAGACUAUCACUCACUCUUUGUUGUGCAACUGCUUAUCUCUGAGACACGUUGGCUCCCUCUCUCCUUCCCUUAUAUAGGGUCCCUAACAGGGGCAGGAUGCACGGCCACAGGAAGUAGGAGUCAAAGAUGAGUCCAGUUCAACCAGGAUAGGAAAUGCUGAUGUGGUUGUCAUGUAUAGUUAGGAACAUGGGAUACUGCUGUAAGCUAGGAUUUAACUCUUUAUUUAAGCACAAGGAAAGAGGGUUUUUACAUCAAGGAUCGACGCUGGAUGUUGAACGGUAUGUAUAACAAAAUGAAUUUAGAAUGAAUCUUCUUUAGCGUCUCAUCAGAUAACUCCAGAGCCUGUCCAGGUUUUCCACUCGCGCUUCAGUUCGUUCACGUCCAAUGUGUCAGAACACAAACGGUCUGAGAGUGAUGUUUGGCCACAGAGACUUUUCAUAGACUUCCUGACUGGCUUUGAAACAAUGUAAAGCCCGUCAGGCGGGUAAGUGAAGAGGAGACAGCCUGGGUGUUGCCGGAACCAGGAACAACCUAGAGAGGCGGGAAACCCCGCGAGUGAGACAAGAGGGAAGAGUGAAACCGGAACAGUAAAGAACUAUACACUUAAAGGGAGAAAGCAGGGGCUAGGGUUGCUUGGGGAGUGUCAUGCGGGGGGAACUUCGGCCAACGACGGGACUUGCGGGAGGUGGUGCAUUGCGGUUGAAGGUAGGUGGCUGCCGAUGGUGUUGGCUGUGUUGGAGGGGGAGGUGAGGUUUGUCGGUGUUGGAAGUCUGUUACAUUGAAAAAAAAAUGUAUUGGACUCACUAAUGUGAAGUCCGGCUCUAGAACUAAGAAGCUCUGCUAAAUGACUCUAAAAAUUGUGAAUGUAAAAUCAUUAUGAGACCCCAGGAGUGAGGCAUGGGAUCAGCGGUUAACUUCCAGGGCCAGGGUAAUGGGGAAAAUGUAGAUACAGGGGGGAAAAAAGGGAAAAAGCAAACGUCUUUUGGUGAUGGUGGUAAACAGGUGUUAUUUAGCUUGCUUCAUGUUAUUAAAAGAAAGUGGGAUAAUUUAAAAACCAUCUCAGGAAGAGUGGUUGGUUUGUUGUUAAUAAAGGUUCUGGAAUUGGGGUGAGGAAGAGAGAUGGUUCCACUGUAGGUUGCAUUAUGGGAAGUAAAGUAAAAGGAUGUGGGUUAAUGGUGAGGGUAGGUAAGGAGGGCCACUCAUAUGUUUCUGCCCCAGAAACGACUAAUGAAAAGGAGGUUUGUCAACGGAAGGGACGGGAUCUUUGUGCUGUGGCCGAGUAUGAGCGGAGGAGGCGCGCACUUAAGCUGAUCCGCGCAGUCAGGAAUGAAUAGAGGAUCAAGGGCCAGAAGGAAAAAAGGGAGAGCUGUGGUAGGAGACGGGAGGAGAGAAGAGAGUAAGAGAGACACGAGAGAGCAAGCGAAGAGAGAAGUAGAGAGAGAAUAGGAGAGAGUAGAUGAUUAGGAGAGCGAUAGAGAGCAGAGAUAGAGAGAGAUAUAAUAAGAAGAUAUAGAGAUAGAGAGAUGUAUAUAUAGAGAGAGAUAGAUUAUAUAUAGAGAUCUAUAUAUAUAUUAGAUAGAGAGAGAGAUAUAUAUAUAUAUAUAUAUAUGAUGUCUGUAUGUAUUGUAUGUAUGGUCUGUUAUUAGGUAUGUAUUUGUAUAGUCUUGUCUCUUCUGUUUAAUGUCUUUAUGAUGAUCUGUCUUAGUCUCUUUCGUGCUCUGUCUUUGUACUUCGUCUUAUUUCUGGUCUGGUCUGUCUGUUUUCUGUCGUUCUAUGUGUCUGUAUGUUUGUCUGUAUUGUCUGUAUUGUAUGUCUGGUCGUCUGUCUGUUGUCGUGAUGUAUGUAUGUUAUGUUGUAUGUCUGUGUCUGAGGUAAGGUCGGCUGGUGAUGUUUUAAGGAGGGUAUGUAUGUAGGUAGUAUGGUAUGGAGGUACUUGAGGUAGACCGAGAGAGAUCAUGAUAAGAGAGAAGAGGAGGAGAGAAGUGAUGAGGAGAAGCGAAAGAGAGAGAGAAGUAGAGGAGAGAGAGAGAGGAGAGAGAGAGAGAGAGCAGAGAGUAGAGACGGAGAGAGAGAUGAGAGAGAGAGAGACGAGAUGAGUGAGGAGAAGCGAGGAAGAGAGAAGAGAGAGAGAUCCUCGCUCGUUCUCUAUCUCGAUGCUCUAUAUCUCGAUCGUCUGAUAUCUCUAUCUUAUGCUCUCUUCUCUCUAUACUCUCUAAUUCGCCCGAUCAUUCAUAAAAUGUGUGUGGACAAUAUAGGGAGGGAAAAAAGAAAUUUAAACUGGCUCGCAGUAAUGUAAGUAAGUCGAAAUGGAGUUGAUGUGAGGCAGCAGGAUGGGGGUGGUUCCGCUGAAAGUAUUUAAUCACCAUGGUAACCAGUAACUGUGUGUGUGUACCGUGUGGUUGGCGUGGGGAUGUGUGUUCUGUGUGUUCCGUGUAGUGGAACCGUCCAUUUCUCACCGUGUCUCAUCGCUGUUAUAAUGCACAGGAGAGAGUCAGGAGAGGGCUGGGUCCUGCAGAAGGAAAGCUGUUGGAAUUUACUGGGCCUGCCGGGCUUACUGAGUCAUGGAGCGUACAAGUUCUCAUUGCUCCCAUCUGACACAGCAACACACAGCUGGGUCUCACUGUCAGACCUUUACAGCCCUUCACACUCACAGAACAACCUCAACCCUCAAACCAACACUAAAGAAACUAGCAGGAAAAUUCAAUUCCCCCAGCCUACAACAUCUACUCAGUAAAUACAAAUGUUGCGUAAUGCUUUAUCUCUUUAGGGAGGUAAACAUUGUUGUUAGGUGUUUCAUCAUCGUCCUCUCACUUCCUUCGGUAAAACAUGAUAACAUAACUCUCCCUCCUUGUUUUCACUCUUUCAUCCUACUUGGUAAACUAAGGGUUUAAUACUACUACUAAUAAUAGUAAUGAUACUAGGUUUAUUUCUGUGUUGUUUUAACUGCUUACACACUGUACUCUGUUCCUGAACGUGCUUCAGGAAGUGAGGCAGAGAGACGGAAGCUUUUACGUUUCCUAACUGUGUCCUCAGGUUACGCUGCUCCCUACAGCUCCUUAAUUAGCCCUCAUUAGUGGGGCAACGGCAGCUAACGUGAUGCGGAGGAGAGAAUAUGCUCCCUGAUAACGGAUAACGGAUCUAAUUUACUGGGGUAUUAGGAUAUUAGGCACCACAGUGGGAAGGUUGUUCUUUCUUAUCCAGAGAGGUUGAUCCAGGCCUGGGGUUUUAGGAGCUAUGGGGAUUGGUUGGUUCUGGUGGGUGCAUUAGAUGUACUAACUUACCUGUGUAUCUGGUUGGAGGUCACAGUUAUAAUUAAGCAUCAUAUUUUUUAGAGAGAAGGAACAUGAUAAGAUGAUGUAUUACAAUGGUGAUGUUUUAUAACAAUGGAGAGGUCCUUGAUGUCAUUUCCUCAUGUUCUUGUGUAAACAGUUGCCUGUCUCUGUGUGUUACAGUGAGGGAGGAGUGUGGUUCAGAUGGGGAGGACGAUGGCAGGACAGAUGCUCUGGUGGAAGAGAUGCUGCAGCAGGGAGACACAGCCGUCAUUUACCCAGAAGCUCCGGAGGACGAGCCACGCCAGGGGACCCCCGAGGCCAGCGGACAUGACGAGAACGGUACGUACGACACUCACACCACCUGUACACCUCACACACACACACCUCACCUGUUCAUCUACUCUCCACUGUUUGGCGCUGUACAGAACCGAAGUAUUGGUUUUCUUUUCUCACUGUUAAUUGAUUUAUACAUAAUUUAACUGAUUAGCCAGAGGAUUCCACUCACACACAUAGUGUCCCAGGUCUGAAUAAAGCACAGCAGAGCAGUGCACAAAAAAAUACUUCACACUUUUCUACCCCCACCCCCCAAAUGUGGACUCUACACAAUACACUACACUACUUUACACACAACACCUCCACCUCUGGGACUGCAGGUUUUAUGCCUCCGGGCAAAACCUUGUUGUGUUGUUCUGACUUCCGUCUCUUCCUCUAAAGGUGUUAACCCCCCCCCCAUUAACACACACACUCUCUCGCUGCUGUAAAUGGAAACACACUAGGCUCUUUAUGGGUUAAGGGCUUUUGGCUGCUACCUGUCAGCCCCAGAGGAGGAAAAACAGCAAACAGCAACACGUCUGUGUGAGUGAUGAGUCACUAGUACCUACCUGGGUGAUAAUGUGUGUGUGUGUGUGUAUAUGUGUGUGUGAGAGAGAGAUAAUUUGUGUGUGUUCACAUCCUGAGAGGUUCACCUGGCCAGCAGGGAGGCUUAAUACAUCACCUGUUAACAGGUAAUACUUUACCUGUGUGGGACCCAGUGGAGCAUAAUAACCCUGUGGAACUGGAGCUAGGUGUGCAUUAUGUCUCCUUACCGUGUUCUACUGUGUUUCCAGCAGGCUUUUAUCCAACGUCUGGGCAUUCAUUUGAAACCAAUGGGUGUUUAAAAAAAAAAAGAUAUAGGCCUUGAAUUCCAAUAUUUUAAAGACACAUACACUAAUCAUGUUACUCAUGUAAACUAGUGCUGUUGAUUGCACAUUUCCAACUCCGAGAGCAGAAGUGUUGUGACACUUGUUAUGUUACUAAUGAAUAACCAACAGUAUCCAGCCAGCAGGUGAGAGUAUGUUGCAGCAUCUGUCAUGUAGUUAGUGUUUAUAGACCCUCUGUGAGUCUUAACAGAGGAUCGGUCAGUACUGGGUGAAAUGGGUGAAACAGCGUCUGUCAAUCAACCACAUCAAAUAACCCUUACUCUCUACUGACCCUCUGAUUAGUCUACAGACGUCUCCACACCCACACACACUCUCAUGCUCCCUCCCUCCCCGUCUCUCUACUCCCCCCACCAGGCACUCCGGAUGCAUUCUCCCAGCUCCUCACCUGUCCCUACUGCUCACGCGGCUACAAGCGCUACACGUCCCUGAAGGAGCACAUCAAGCUGCGCCACGAGAAGAGCGAGGACAACUUCAGCUGCUCCCACUGCAGCUACACUUUUGCCUACCGCACACAGCUGGAGAGACACAUGACGGCCCACAAAGCUGGUAGAGACCAGGUACCUAUAGACACAACCCUAUACAUAACACUUAUAGUUUGUCAACUACUAGCUACAGCACUGCGUAGUGUGUAGUAAAGAUUUUGUACACUAAAAAAAACCUGUUGUUUUUACAGUAACUUACUGGCAGCCAGUUACCUGUAAGUUAUGUUUUUUUUUUUUUUUAAGUACAGUAUGUUACCGUAAAUUCCAAAGAAACUUACGGUAACAUAAUUUUUUACAGUAACUUACAGGUAACUGGCUGCCAUUAUGUUACCGAAAAAACAACAGGAUUUUUUUGACCAGUGUACACUCUUAGAAAAAAAGGUGCUAUCUAGAACCUAAAUGGGUUUUUCAGCUGUCCCCACAGGAGAACCCUUUGAAGAACCCUUUUUGGCUAAAAACAAUGGUUAAAUACCAGGAUAUUAAAUUCAUCAUGGAUGUGAUCAACACUGAGCACAUGCCAUGUGCCAUUCUGUGUUCCAUGUCCAACCCUUUCUACAGAAGGUUCUACCUGGAACCAAAAAGGGUUCUCCUAUGGGGACAGCCGAAGAACCCUUUUGGAACCCUUUUUCUAAGAGUGUAGAUAAAAGGUAAUGUGAUGUGAACUUCGUGUCCAAAACCCAGGAAGUGGGUUAAGUAGGCACAUGGCAUGUGCUCAGUGUUGAUCACAUCCAUGAUGAAUUUAAUAUCCUGGUAUUUAACCAUUGUUUUUAGCCAUUGUUUAAAGUGGUUGUUUCAUGAAUUGAAAGUAGUACAAAGUGCCUGUUUUCAUGAGUGUGUGACUGAAGUGAACUGACCAUCCCCUCCCCCUCCCCCUCUCUCCCUUUGUCUGACAGAGGCACGUGACGCAGUCGGGGGUCAACCGAAAAUUCAACUGCACCGAAUGUGAAAAAGCAUUUAAGUACAAGCACCACCUGAAGGAGCACCUACGCAUCCACAGCGGUGAGUGGACCCCUCAGUGUGUGAGUGUGUGUGCACGUGUGUGUGUAUGUGCACGUGUGUGUUUUAUUAUGUGGAAAAAAGUUUGGGGUAAUUGUAGAAGUGAGUUUCUAUUGGCCACACCAUCCAUACAGAUGUUUCUGCCUCUAUCAAACAAAUAUUUAUGUUUAGUAACUUUUUAUGUGUCCUUGAUUGUGUUUCAGAGCAUUGUGCGGCAUCCUAAUGUGACAUAAUUGUGUUUCUUUUGGCGGUUCUGGCCAACAACUAGAGAGUAUUUCCCAAUGGUGCCAUUACCUCAGCCUUUAAGCAUCAUUGAAAUGCAUUAGACCCUUUUUCCCCGGGAGGUUUAUUCAUUUAGCUCUGUUCCUAAUGGAGGUCAUGUGUGUGUCUGUGAAUGGCCGUCUGUCUCUACAGGAGAGAAGCCAUACGAGUGCUCCAACUGUAAGAAGCGUUUCUCCCACUCGGGCUCCUACAGUUCCCACAUCAGCAGUAAGAAGUGCAUCAGCGUGAUCUCAGCAGUCAACGGCCGCCCCCGGCCCGGCGCCAAGGCCUCCCAAUGCCCGUCCCCAGCCAUGCCCGCCUCACCCUCCUCCACACAGAUCUGGGACAAACCCUUCCAGGAGCAACUACCCCUCAAUCAGAUCAAGAGUGAGCCAGUGGACUAUGAGUACAAGGCCAUGGCGGUGACUCCAGCAACGACGGGAGUGAACGGUCAUGGAGGAGGGGUGUUAAACGGGGGUGCGGCAGCCCCCCUGCAGGGUGCAGUGCAGGCAGUGAUGCUCCCCACCAUGGGUCUGGUAUCUCCUAUCAGCAUCAACCUGGCAGACCUGCAGAACAUCUUGAAGGUGAUUUGUAAACUUGUAAUAGGACUAAAUAGUACUCCGUAUUUAAUCAUUUCAUUGUAGUUCAAAUGCAACUUUUUUUAGGGGGUAGAUCAGCUUUAAUAUUGCACAUAGAUUGUAGCUUCCAUCAAUGUAAUUGUCUGCAUCAUCAGUUCAAAUACAAUUUACAAUUCAUGAAUUACUUGUAAUGAGCUGCUUGUUGCUAUUUGUACAAUGAUUUGUUGAACAAUGAACAAACCAUUAUCAUCUUUAUCUUGAAGGUGGCAGUGGACGGGAACAUGAUCAGACAGAUGUUGGAGAACAACACCAAGGCAGCAGGGACCGGCACAGGGGCGACGGGUGUUCCUCACCAGCAGCUCAUCUCAGCCAUCAGUCUGCCCAUCAUCGGCCAGGACGGCAACGCCACCAAGAUCAUCAUCAACUACAGCCUGGACCCCAGCCAGACCCAGCUUACUGCCCAGAACCAGAAGAAGGAACCUCAGACCCUGCCUACAAUGCCAGGCCAGCCCCGGGCUCAGCCCCAGGCCGAGGCUGCCAUAGAGCCCUGCAGCAAGGCCCAGCAGAGACUCCCAGAGGACCUGACACUCAACAGGCCCCCCAGGAGCAAAGAAGAGAAGAUGGAAGAGGAAAACGAGGAGGAGGGGGGGGAGGGGGAGGGGGAUGGGGAGGGAGAGGAGACCACUAAGACCUGCCUGCUCUGUGACAACUGCCCCGGCGGUCUGGACUCGUUCCACGCACUCGAGCACUGUAAGAAAGCCUCAGGCCUCAGGAUCAAUGGGGACAAAUCAGAGUCGGUACUGUCCGAGGGGGUCGGGAACCAGCCCAAGAACCUCCUGUCCCUCCUUAAGGCCUACUUCGCCUUAAACGCUGAGCCCACCAAGGAGGAGGUCAGCAAGAUCUCAGACUCAGUCAGCCUGCCCACCGACGUGGUCAAGAAGUGGUUCGACAAGAUGCAGAUAAGUCAGGUCUCACUAGGGGCUCCGACCCCUCCGUCUGAGGAAGAGGGACCCUUGUCUGAGAGUCCUGGGGCCACAGUUGUGUCCCCUAAGGUAAGACCAGAGCAGAACACAGAGGGUCCCACCAUGAUGCAGUCCAGCCCAGCCGAGGCCACUCCGGCUGAGGUUAACGGCUCCAUGCGCUCCCCGGCCUCCCCCACACCACUAAACCUGACUGCCGGGGGGCCCGUCCCAGCCAAACCCUCCUCAUCGGACAGCACUGAUGGCCCUCUGGACCUGUCUCUACCAAAGCCCACCCGAGAGGAGGCCGCAGCCGCCGCCACCUACCACGCCACUGUUUACUCCCAUCAGGACGAACCCCUGAACUUGACGAAGACUUGCACAACCAAGAAAGAACUUCUGAUCGCCGGCCACCAGGUGACUAGCCAACCUGUGUCCCUGUACACCGCCAGCCCACAAAGUGCCAACCCCAUCAGUAUCAUGACCACUCAGCUGCCCAGCGGGACCAUUUAUGCCAUCACUGACCAGGGCCGUGCAGGCAUGCCCUGUCUCCGGGCGGUUACCACCAGUAACAACCAGACUAUCCUCAUCCCACAGCUGGCCUACACCUAUACCACUACAGCUACAGCCAGCAGCCCUGCAGGGACAGAGACACAGGAGAAGACCACACUGCAGAUCAACGGCAUCAAGGUUGGUUAAUCAAUCAAUCAAAUGUACUUAUAUAGCCCUUUUUCACAGCAACAGUUGUCACAAUAUGCUUUUCAGUAACCCAGCCACAGGCGGCUGGUGGCACCUUAAUUGGGGAGGAUGGGCUCAAAUAGGCUGGAAUGGAAUAAUUGGAACGGUAUCAAACACAGCCUCACGUUACAGAAACAGGAGAUAGGCUCUUGCUCCUAUGAGCCAUUCUGGCUCGCACAAGCCAAGGCUCGUGCAAGGCUACUUACUUACUUUACUUAUCAAACACAGCGUUUCCAUGUGCUUGAUACCGUUCCGUUUACUCCAUUCCAGCCAUUGUUAUGAGCUGUCCUCCCCUCACCAGCCUCCGGUGAACCCAGCCUGGACCCCCAAGGACAAAGCAACAGCACAGUUUACAUUUACAUUUUAGUAAUUAACAAAGGCCUAGCAGAUGCUCUUUUCAAGUCAAUUGCAAGAAAAGCAUCUGCUGUGUGUGUAUGGCCUUAACUAUGUGGAUUUCUGGAUUGGAGUACACUCUUAGAAAAAAGGGUUCCAAAAGGUCACUUCGGCUGUCCCCAUAAGAGAACCCUUUUUGGUUCCGGGUAGAACUCUUUUGGUAGAACUCUUUUGGGUUCCAUGGAACUCAAAAGGGUUCUACCUGGAACCAAAAGGGUCCUACCUGGAACCAAAACGGGUUCUUCGAAGGGUUCUCCUAUGGGGACAGCCGAAGAACCCUUUUAGGUUCUACAUAGCACCUUUUUUUCUAAGAGUGUACUAUAGGAAUUUGUUUGCCGGAUAGAGAGAAAUUACAUGAAAACAGUCUAGCAUGAUUGGUAUUGCAUGUGCAUUACUGAGAAUCAUGUUUUCUUGCUGAGUCUCUCCUCUGGUAUGUUGCUGUUUUUUCCUCUCUGACUGACUUGGCUCAUGUUUAGUGAGGGAGGAGGUACGGGAAGAAUAGGAAGUUCUCAGUAUAAUCAUUCAUCCUAUAUCUCAUUCUACCUGUGUCUCAUCUGCUUUGAGUAAAACAACAAGGCCUAGGACAGAUCCCAUCCUCAACACUUCAGCAUCUAUAGCCCCUUUAGUGCUUCAGUUCUCUUGGAUCUGGCCCACUGCAGUUAAGCCAUAAUGAGAAGGUUAAGCUCCACCUAUUGAGCUGGAGAAAUGGGAACUCCCCUCAGUCUCAGCUGAAUGAGUUUCUCUCCUGUAGCUCUGGGUGGAGGCGGUGGUAUUUUGGCACCGCUGUCUGUGUCUCUUGUGAUGAACUGUUUAGUUUCAACGCUGGGAGGAGGAGGGUUAAAGGUGGACAGGAGGACUCAAGGGAGGAGAUCUAGCGCUCCUCUCUUCCCUCGCUCUUGGGUGAAAGACAGAGAGAGAGGUGGAAGAAAAUCAAGUGGGGUUUCAAGCUAUAGUGUACUGCCAACACAUUUAUUGCAGCUCAUGAUUUUGUGAAUGUUCAAAAUGUGAAAUGACUAAAAGUAUUAGUGUCAAAAUGUUUUUAAAAUGUCGAACAUGCAGAUAUACAACAGAGGAAAAAUCCCAGAUACAUUAUAUACAGAAAGUGCCAUUCUGAAUUCUGCCAAAAAACUCUAAUGCAGCAGUAUUAGAAGUAAGAGCCAGGACACUAAAUGAGCCAUAAUGAUGGAUAGAAAUGCCAUCACUCCCCCAGCCCAGCACUGAGCUGCUGCUGUCUGUCACCCAGCCAGAAGGCAUGAGGCAGCACUUACUGUAGAGACCUAUUGAUCAGUAGGAAUCUGUUUAAAGGCCCAGCCUCCUGUCUCACCAUUGAUUUUUUGUUGUUGUAUUAUGCUUUCCUGUUAAGUGGACUGGGAUAAGGCAUGCCUUGUUAAAAACCCUCACUGUACGUAUAGGUAUUAUAUAUCAGUUCCUUAACGAUGCUGAUGCUACCGCGCUGCACUUCCUCUCUCUCUGUGUCUCAGUGUUGAAUACUCAGUUGUAGAAUGGCACCUUAUUCUCUCUAUUAGGGUUCUGACGAUAGCAGUUUCGCGAUACUCGUUAGUAUUGUGGCAAAGAAACAAAACACUUAGCGAAUGUAACUUCUUUAGGAAAACAGCCCUAAUGUUGGAAACAAACAUCAUUAUGUCGUCAUCCAGAGUCACAUGUAUUUAUUUUCCAAGCUAUAGCACACAAUAUUUUACAUACAGCAGGUUUUUAAAGGACCAAAGAGGUGGUCCGCUUCGUGUUUUCAUUGUUGCCAUGGAAAAAUGAUCGUGACACUGGUAUCGUCCCGGCUCAAUAUGGGCCCUGGUCAAAAGUAGUGCACUAUAAAGGGAAUAGGGUGCCAUUUGGGACGCAUCCAUAUGCAGCCUACACCCAGGAAGGAAUGGACGCAGUAAAGGGUGUUUUCUGAAGGUUUUUUACUCACCAUUGAUGAGUCAUGAUGAUGGUGAUGACUGGUUUUCAGGGUCAACACUCCAAGGUGAGAUGAUAUCAUCGUGAUGGUCUUUUUCACUCAGCUAAUAAAAAUUGUUACUAGCAGUUUGGUUCUGAUGAGGUUAUAGUACCUUGACAGCUAUAGAAAGAAGGUGGUAUUAGUCAGCCUACACCAGCACUUCAUGACACGCUAUUUUCCUUGGGAAACAGAAUGACAAACCAAAAAACACCUCCACCAAAUCCCUUCCGAAAACAGUAAACAUUAUAUUACAUAUAUCCACACAUAUUACAUCUGUCAUAAUACAUUAUAUUUGUAUUUAUAUUUGCUUUUCAGGAGGAGCGUCAGGACACCAGCUCAGAGAGCGUGUCCACCAUGGAAGAGCUGAAUGACUCAGACUCUGCCCCUUCCAGGAAGAAAAUUAGGAAGACUGAGAGCGGGAUGUACGCCUGCGACCUGUGCGACAAGAUCUUCCAGAAGAGCAGCUCUCUGCUCCGACAUAAAUACGAACACACGGGUACGUCAGGGACUAGAUCAAUCAAACCUAGGUCAUGUUCUUUAGGGUGCAACGUGCAGUGAAUCGCUUUGCAACUGAAAAAUAAAAUGUCCCCAUUUCAGACCGUUUUCUUCCAUUUCGUACCUACUGAACAUCAACCUCACUGCACCUCCCCAGAGAGACCUCAGGAAAACAUGAGGCAAAGUGAAACUGAAGGGGGAAAUUUCAGAAAUCACACACUGACUGCAUCAGUGUAUAUUGCAACAGGGUGGAGGACACCACUAUUCCAGCAGCUAUUACCCAAUAAACACACACACACUCCACCAGAAUUCCCCCUGCCAACCACAUUACCUUCCGGUAUGAAAUGUUGAAGAGAUGUUGUAACAGAGCUCUGUUAGUCAUUUGAAAUGAGAACAUGGGUAGUGUUGUGGCCAAGCACAGGUCAACCCACUCUGAGGCGUUCUGUCUUUAUGACUUUGAUACCUGCUGUGACUUCACUUUGUCCUGUUUUGUGUUGUGUUGUUUGCUUUAUUUACCAUGGAUACGUGAUGAUAAAUAAUAUGGGUUUCACCGACCUUUGGCACAAUAAUCGAAACCGUUUCACGAGCACAACAGUCUGGGGAAUUACAACAGUUUAACUUGUAUUUUUCAAGGAGGGUGCAACCCCUGUUACAAGCCCAUCAGUGUUACUCUGUGAUUUCACUCAAUAAAUAACCCGACCCUGAAUGUUUUAUCACUCUGCCUCAUAUACAUUUUUAUUUACUGUAUAUUUAUUUUCUCCUGUGCUACAGGCAAGCGUCCCCACGAGUGCGGCAUCUGCAGGAAGGCCUUCAAACACAAGCACCACUUGAUAGAACACAUGCGUCUCCACUCCGGAGAGAAACCCUACCAGUGCGACAAGUGUGGCAAGCGCUUCUCUCACUCGGGCUCCUACUCCCAGCACAUGAACCACCGUUACUCCUAUUGCAAGAAAGAGGCGCAGGAAGGAGGUCAGGGAGGUAUAGGGGAGGAGGUGCUGGAGGAGGAGAUGGAGAGUCCUGUGGGGUUGGCCCUGGGCCUGGGAGGGGAGCAGCAGGAGCAGUCAGACAGCAGGCCCACCUCCUCCCACCUGGACUCUGACGAGCGAGGGAGCAGCACCAGGGAGGACGAGGAGGAGAGCGAGGAGGAGGGAGAGGAGGAGGACAUGGAGACAGCAGCAGGGGAGGAGGAUGAGGGAGAUCCGGACAGAGUUCUGGAUAUGGAUGAUAUACAGGUGGUGCGGAUAGGAGACGAGGGAGGGAACGAGGAGGAAGAGGAGGAGGAAGAGGAGGAGGGGGAGAGGGAAGAAGACACUGGUCAAGAGGAGGGAGAUAAUGAGGAAGAGCAGGGAGUGGAGAGAGUAGUGGUAGGGGGUGAAGGGGAGGAAGGAGAAGAAGAGGAAGAGGAGGGAGUAGUGGGGGUUGAAGUAAAGGAGGAGCAGGAGGAAGAGGAGGUUACAAGGGAAAAGGCAGACACAAGGCAAGAGGAGGUACAGGAGAACAGGGAGAAAGAGGAGGAACAGGCUGAGAAGCAGGUGGAGGAGGAGCAGGCUGAGAAGCAGGUGGAGGAGGAGGAGACUGAGAGGCAGGUGGAGGAGGAGCAGGCUGAGAAGCAGGUGGAGGAGGAGCAGGCUGAGAGGCAGGUGGAGGAGGAGCAGGCUGAGAAGCAGGUGGAGGAGGAGGAGGCUGAGAGGCAGGUGGAGGAGGAGCAGGCUGAGAAGCAGGUGGAGGAGGAGCAGGCUGAGAGGCAGGUGGAGGAGGAGGAGACUGAGAGGCAGGUGGAGGAGGAGGAGACUGAGAGGCAGAUGGAGGAGGAGGAGGAGACUGAGAGGCAGGUGGAGGAGGAGCAGGCUGAGAGGCAGGUGGAGGAGGAGCAGGCUGAGAGGCAGGUGGAGGAGGAGGAGACUGAGAGGCAGAUGGAGGAGGAGCAGGCUGAGAGGCAGGUGGAGGAGGAGCAGGCUGAGAGGCAGGUGGAGGAGGAGCAGGCUGAGAGGCAGGUGGAGGAGGAGCAUGCUGAUAAGCAGGUGGAGGAGGAGGAGACAAUAGACACAGAGAAAGGAGUGACCUCGGAGGACAAGGAAGAGUCAGGGGAGAGGGAGGCGGAGGAAAGUGAGGUCAUGAAAGAGAAUGAAGGUGAAACAAACAGGAACACUGUUUCAGAAGACGAGAACCAGACACCGACAGGAGAGAAAGGAGAUACAAAU